AUGUUUCUGCAAUUUGAUUCAUUUCUUACGCCAGGUGUCAUCUAUUAUGUUGAUUUCAAGGGCAUAGAACUAUCACAUCCAGUAGAGUUGAAGGAAAUUCGGAGAAUCAAUGUUAAAGGCAUAGAUACAAGCAAAUUCAGCGUAAAACAAGUUUUUUGUAAAAGCAAAGAUGGAACAAAGGUACCGCUAUACAUUGUUCAUGACAAAAAUUUGGAAAUGAAUGGAAAUACUCCGACCUUGCUUGACGGAUAUGGCGGAUUUAACAUUGCUCAAAUGCCACAUUUCUCCGUUUCGCGUAUGUUAUUCCUCGAUAACUUCAAGGGUGUCUUCGCGUUGGCUAAUUUACGUGGUGGAAGUGAAUAUGGUGAAAAGUGGCAUGAAGGCGGAAUGCGAGAACGAAAACAAAAUGUUUUUGAUGAUUUUAUAGCUGUUGCUGAAUACCUUAUCAGUAAUAACUAUACAUCACCAAGAAAAUUAGCUAUACGUGGUGGUUCAAAUGGUGGCUUAUUAGUUGGUGCAGUUUCGCAGCAACGUCCAGAACUUUUUGGUGCUGUUGUAAAUCAAGUCGGUGUGCUUGAUAUGUUACGAUAUCAUAAAUUUACUAUUGGUAAUGCAUGGAUACCGGAAUAUGGUAAUCCUGAUGAAGCAUCUGAUUUUGAAUUCAUUUACAAAUAUUCUCCACUUCAUAACAUCGAAAUUCCAAAUAAAGGUCAUCAGUGGCCAUCUACAAUGCUUAUGACAGCUGAUCACGAUGAUCGUGUAGUACCUUCACAUUCUCUGAAAUAUAUGGCUCGCCUAUACGAAGCUACUCGAUCAGCAAAUAGUUUCCAGAAAAAACCGCUCAUUAUACGAGUAGAUGUAAAAGCUGGCCAUGGAGCUGGCAAACCCACUAGCAAACUUAUCGCUGAAAUAGUGGAUAUGUAUUGUUUUCUGCAAAGAGUAUUAGAUCUAAAAUGGUAUGAAAGUGAAUGA